AUGGCUACCCCCAGUGUCCUUACCUUUGAUGCUGAGGGUCGUGCUGUUGACUUUGAGUUCUGGGUCGAUGACCUCCAGCUCUUCCUACAAUGCGAUAGGGCAGACGGACUCUCCCUGUUUGAUCUCACCUCUGAUGCCUCUUCUGCCCCGCCUGCUGAUGCUGACAGCACUGUUCGCUCACAGUGGGCCACACGCGAUGCUGCUGCCCGUCUUGCUGUGCAUCGCCAGUUACCGACCGCUGAGCGUGCGCACUUUAGUCAGUACAAGAGUGCUAAGACCUUGUACGACGCUGUAGUUGCACACUACUCUUCCCCUGCCACUGCUGCUCUUAGCCGCCUCAUGCUGCCGUACCUGUUCCCUAACCUUGCUGCCUUUCCCACAGUCGCUGACCUCAUUACGCACCUCCGCACUAGUGACACUCGCUACCGCACUGCGCUUCCUGCUGAGUUCUGUGCCAAGAACCCUCCCCCCAUGUACAUCACCCUCUACUACAUAGUCACCCGGCUCCCUGACUCCCUUCGCUUAGUCAGGGACCACUUCCUCUCAGUUUGCCCCACCACACUCUCCGUUGACCUCCUCGAGGAGCGCCUCCUGGCAGCAGAGAAGAGCAUAGUCGCUGUAGGAGCCUCUCGUGGUGACCCUCGUACCCCCGUCUUUGAGGGGUGUUCCCCCUCCCCCCUCUUGCCCUCUGUUGCUUCUGCUGCUGCGGCCGACCUCGUUGGCACCGAGUCGGUCGGCGCUGCGUCUGCCCCUAGCGGCGACGCUGCACCGGCAAGGGCAAGGGGGCCAAGGGCGCUGGAGGGGCUGGCGGGGGCGGUGGAGGUGGCGGUGGAGGUAGUGGAGGGGGUGGGGGUGGUGGUGGGAGUGGUGGCGGGGGUGGAGGUGUCCGUGGCAGCACUGGAGGCAGAGGAGGCGGCGGAGGUGGCGGUGGGAGCGGAGGCGGCGGAGGUGGCGGAGGCGGCGGCGGCGGUGGAGCUGGUCGCGGCUCUGCACAAAGCAGUGGCUCCGGUGGUGGUCCGCGCCAGCUGCAGCAGCGCACUCGUGAGACCCCGUCCCCCCUGCAGCUUCGAGAGUGGUACGCUGCGCGUCAGCGAGUGCGGGGGCUCGCACUCCACCCAGCGCUACUUCGGCCGCCUGACGGACGCUUGGCGUCACCAGUUCCCUGACGCCACUGAGAUCCCUCGCUGGGGAGAGCUGUCUAGGGCGGGGGUUGCUAUCUUUGAUCUUGACAAUGAUGCUAUUCUUGUUGCCAUGUAUGAUGUGUCUACUAGUGAUGAGGGUGACUCUUACCUGUGUGUUCCGCCUGACCCAGGCAUUGAGGCUGCUGCUCUAGGUGCUGGUGAGGCUGCUGCUCAAGGUGCUAGUGCGUCUGCUGCCCCAGGUGCUGGUGAGUCUGCUCUCUCAGGCCUUACACACCUUCACCCUUGA